UGCAGAGAAGCAACUGAUCCGAGAACAGAGAAGAAAAACCCAGCGUCGACCUCUGCUGCUGUGAGAGAAACACCCGUGGUCCCGACUCCCACCUGUUGCCUCCAAAGUCUUCUCAAAGUGGCCGUGAUGCUGAAGCCGUGGACCGUGCUGGUGGCCGUAGCGCUGUGUGUGCUGGUGUGUCUGGGAACGCUCGCAGACGCCUACCCCCCCAAACCCGAGAACCCCGGGGAGGACGCCCCCCCCGAAGAGCUGGCCAAGUACUACACCGCCCUGAGACACUACAUCAAUCUGAUCACCAGGCAGAGGUAUGGAAAGCGUUCGACCCAGGAGGAUGUGGUUGCAGAGCUGCUGUUUGGUGGCGACAGUACCAGAGACCAGAGAUCAAGAUACGAUGACUCCUACAUGUGGUGACUCCGCCACCCCUCUCCCACCUCGUCAUCGGGCAUUCCCUCUGGGUGCGUCCCACAAUGCACCUGGAGGGGCCGACAUGUGCCUCUCACCUCCCGACCUCUGAACCCGACCCCAGCCGAACGCAAGCUCUCUCUGUCUCUCUUGUAGCUGUCUCUCAUCUCUCGCAU